AUGUCUCUCCCUACCAACAUGCGCGCCUGGACCUACCGGACCAAAGGCCUCCCUUCUACAACCGUCCAGCUAGAAUCCGAUAUCAAAACCCCUCAACCAGCAGACCUAGGACCAGACGACGUGCUCGUCGAGAUCCACUACGUCGCCUUCAACGGCGGCGUGACCAGCGGGAUCCAAGGUCUGCGACCACGUCCUCUUGCUUUCUUCCUUCGCCAGCGAGACCGUGUGGCCAUCACCGAGUUUGAGUUUGCAGGACGUCUAAUUGCCGCGGGGGGGAAUGUCUUGUCUACUACUACUACUACUACUACUAAUCAUGUCAGCAGUAGGAAAGAUCUCAAGAUCGGAGAACUCGUGAUUGGGACUGUAAACCCUUUCAAAGCGCUGCGUGACGGGUCCGGCGCGUUGGCGGAAUAUGCCAUUACGUCGGCGCAGUUUGUGGUUCCGUAUCAGCUGCCCGGUGGCGAACAAUCGAAGCUCUCGCUGGCCGAGUGGGCUGGGCUGGGAGGAGUCGGGUGUACUGCUAUACAGGCAGUUGAGCGCGCCGGGCUGAAACCUGGCGACAAGGUGCUCAUCAACGGCGGCAGCGGUGGCGCAGGAGUCAUGAUGGUGCAGGUGGCUCGAUCGGUGAUCGGGCCUCAGGGGCGGUUGGUGGCGACCUGUUCAGCUGCCAAUGUCGAGCUGGUCAAGAGUCUGGGUGCAGACGAGGUGAUUGACUACCGACAGCAUGCACCGUUGCAUGCGUAUCUCGCGGCGUCUGAGCACGCAGGUAGCCCCUUUGACGCUAUCAUUGAUAAUGUAGGGAUCCAAGAGCUCUUCGCUCAUUCACCGUCCUAUCUUGCGCCGGGAAAGAAAUUCAUUGCCAUCGGCGCGAUGAACGCUGAGUUAUCCCUCAAAGGAGCCUUCCAAUUGGGCUAUCUGAUGCUGUGGAAUCAAUUCUGUCCGGUCAUUUUCGGUGGUGUGCCCAGGGAAUUUCAAUUCUAUAGCGCCAAGCCUGAUCUGCCAUCGUUAGAGUUGCUGAGGAAAAUGUCCCAGGAAGGAAGCCUGCGACAGGUCAUUGAUUCCAUUUGGGAGUUCGAAGAUGUGACCAAAUAA